GUAGUCCUGGCUGACCUGUAACUCACUAAGUAGACCUGGCUGGCCUCGAACUUAUAGAAAUCCACCUGCCUCUCCCUCUGUCUCUGGAGUGUUGGAAUUAAAGGUGAACUGCACUUCUUUAUUUCUGUCGGCCCCACCUGGUAUUGCCAGCUUAAAUUCAGCCUCAGGAGGACGAUUUCCGGGGCGGUGCCAUUGCCCCUUUAAGAGCAAAGCACCCCGCCCUUCGGGGGCGGAGCUUAGAUGGGACUUUAAGGGGCGUGCCCACGGGCGGCCGGGGUCCUCCGGGGAUUAGCGCAGGGUGGGCUCGCGCCUUGCGCCGCCAUUUCUCGGCAUCUCUGGAGACCUGUUCUUUCCUCCUGCCGGCUGGGCGUCUCUCUCCUAGGUCGCGCGACCCGCUCACCGUGGUCUCCGUCUCUUCACGGUGUUCACCACCCAGUACAGGAUCGUGAGCAGACAUCUGACGGGACGUACAAGCUAGCUGGCAGUCGAGUGAAACUUGGGAAUCCUAGAAGGCAGAAAUAAGCCCACCAAGAAACUAAGAAUGUAAUUCACAACUCCGCUAACCCCACUUGCAGCAAGAACUGAGCACUGAGCACUACUGACCGCAGUUGCUGCUUUUCCUUGCUAUCACUUUCACUGAUUCUGUACUGGCAGAAAUGCUUAGCUUCCUACGAAGAACGCUUGGCCGCCGGUCUAUGCGCAAGCAUGCUGAAAAGGAGCGACUCCGAGAGGCGCAGCGUGCUGCCACACACAUUCCUGCGGCUGGAGAUGCCAAGUCCGUCAUCACAUGCAGGGUGUCCCUUCUGGAUGGUACAGAUGUUAGUGUGGACCUGCCGAAAAAAGCCAAAGGACAGGAGCUGUUUGACCAAAUUAUGUAUCACCUGGACUUGAUUGAAAGUGACUAUUUUGGUCUGAGAUUCAUGGACUCAGCCCAAGUAGCACAUUGGCUGGAUGGUACAAAAAGCAUCAAAAAACAAGUAAAAAUUGGUUCACCCUAUUGUCUUCAUCUUCGAGUUAAGUUUUAUUCCUCGGAACCAAAUAAUCUUCGUGAGGAGCUAACCCGGUAUUUAUUUGUCCUUCAGCUAAAACAAGAUAUUCUCAGUGGGAAGUUAGAGUGUCCCUUUGAUACAGCAGUUCAAUUGGCGGCUUACAAUCUGCAAGCUGAACUUGGCGACUAUGAUCUUGCUGAACAUAGUCCUGAACUGGUCUCUGAGUUCAGGUUUGUGCCCACCCAGACUGAAGAGAUGGAACUGGCUAUUUUUGAGAAAUGGAAGGAAUACAGAGGUCAGACACCAGCACAAGCUGAAACCAAUUACCUGAAUAAAGCCAAGUGGCUGGAAAUGUAUGGCGUUGAUAUGCAUGUGGUCAAGGCUAGAGAUGGCAAUGACUAUAGCUUGGGACUGACUCCAACAGGAGUCCUUGUUUUUGAAGGAGAGACCAAAAUUGGCCUGUUUUUCUGGCCCAAAAUAACCAGAUUGGAUUUUAAGAAGAAUAAAUUAACUCUGGUGGUUGUGGAAGAUGAUGAUCAGGGCAAAGAACAAGAGCAUACCUUCGUCUUUAGAUUGGAUCAUCCUAAAGCCUGCAAACACUUAUGGAAGUGUGCUGUGGAACACCAUGCCUUCUUCCGACUCCGAGGACCUGUCCAAAAGGGUUCUCAUCGAUCGGGAUUCAUUCGACUAGGAUCACGAUUUAGAUACAGUGGAAAAACAGAGUAUCAGACCACAAAAACUAAUAAAGCAAGAAGAUCGACCUCAUUUGAAAGAAGGCCCAGCAAGCGAUAUUCCCGACGGACCCUGCAAGUGAAAGCAAGCACAGCAAAGCCUGACGAUCUUGGUGUUCAUAAUGCUUCGGCCCAGAACAAUGACUCCCAACAGGCUUGGGGUAUGAAGUCUCCUGUGCCUGUCACUUCUUUCUCAUCCUCUGGUCCAGUGCUGGUGGAGACCGAGAAUCUUCCACAGAACUCUGCAGCGGACCAACAUGACAGGAAACGGCUCUCUGCUACCAGUGACCGCUGCCAGCGAGGUGGACACCAGUGGAACCCAAGGGCCUUGCCCCCACCCCAGACUGCAUAUAGAAACUACACUGACUUUGUACAUGAGCACAAUGUGAAGAAUGCAGGAGCCCAUCAUGAUGCUCAUUUAGCUGGCCGUGCAGCCAUGACUGACAUAUGAGUCAUUACACCUUUUAGGUCGUGGAACUCUGUCGUCUAGUUCGAUAAUGUAUUUUGUGACAUUUAUAUGGAGGACUGAUUUCAUUAGGAAUAUUGGAGAGAACUUGUUUCAUACUGAGUCACUGGUUACACAGUGCUAUGACUGACUUCUGUCUGCUGUGGAAGGGAAGAGGAUCUGAAGAAGCCGCAAACUGUCACUGACAUGGCAGAUACUGCUGUGUUGAAAGGGUGUACAUCCCCCUGUGUCCUUUUGGGAAGGGUUUUCAUAAUUUUAGCAUUUAACAUAUCACUCAAAACAUCUCAGGAGGUUAGUGUUUAUGACAAACUGUCAGUUCUCAUCCACAUGCCAUCUAAGAAAGACUGAAUUGUAAAGAUAAGGCACAAAAUGUACACCCAAAAGGAACCAUGUUCAGUCAUGGUGUGUCAGCCUUUGUGGUGCUGUAGUAACACUGUUCUCAAAUACUACUUUCUGAAGGACUUGUGCCUUCAUUUCAGCUAAGUGCCUGCAGUUUAAUAAAAAUUUACCAUCCUUUUUUUAAUAAACAUAUUUUGUUACCACAGGUCUAGAAAUUGCAAUAACAGCGUGAUUCCUGUAGAAGAUAAUUGAGUCUAAGUGGUUUCUCUAGGUGGUUACCUUACAGUUAACUUGACUGGUUACAUUGCUAACAGGUAGUUACACCAAGUGCAAAGUGGAAAGCUUCCCUUACUGUUUCUCUUUCUUACUGACAUCCUUGACUGAUCGAUCAGGUUUGUAAUGCCCUCAAAAUCCGACCCAAUCAACCUUUUUUUUUUUUUUUUUUUUUGGUUCUUUUUUUUUUUUCGGAGCUGGGGACCGAACCCAGGGCCUUGCGCUUCCUAGGUAAGCGCUCUACCACUGAGCUAAAUCCCCAGCCCCCCAAUCAACCUUUAAAAUAAAAUUCAGAAGUCAAAGUGUUACCAUUUUGAAAUGGAUUGCCUAUAUUUUCACUUUUAGUCCUUUUUGAACUUUACAAUGUAGUUAACUCAAGCUCUUUGGUUUAACUCACUGGAUGCAAGUUGGCUAGAAAAGCACGUGAUGAUUGAGACAGUAAGGAAAAACAGGGUUUCCUCUUUUACAGUUAUUUUUAAUUUUAGAAAAAUUUCUGAACUUUAAGCUAUAUAAAGAGAAGUGAGAAGGGUUAUAUUCAGAACUAUUUAUGCUUUGAAAUAAUAAUGCUUUAUUAUAUUUAACUUGUCCUGCUGAUCUCAGAAGUUGACGUCAUCCUAUAGGUUCUCUCUGCUGGGCGAUGAGACUUCAGAGGGCUUUGACAGAGGCUGCUGUUGCAGAUAUAAUAGGGCUUGUCACUAGAAGACAGGCGGGUAACCGAGAACAUUUACAGCACGAAACUCACAGGCAAAUCUUGGUGGGAUUUUUUAUUAUAUAAGAGUAUCAUUGCUUAAAUGUACUGUAGAUGUAGAAUGGAUAUUCAAAGUAUUAGUAUAUCCUACAUAAAAACUUAAGUAGCUGAUCUUCAGACUAUCACUGUCUAGUGUGUUUUAAACUAGCACUAAUGUAGGACCCUCUGAGGGGUUUGUGGUUUUGUUUAUAGCUCAGAUUGUAACCACUAAGUAUUCCCUAUGGUGUUCUUUCCCCUUUUUAAGACUUGUUUAUUCUUGUUCACUUUAUGCGAAUGGGCGUUUGCCUGCAUGUAUGUCUCUGUAUCUGUGUACCCAUUAGUAUGCUGCCCUGGAGACUGGAAGAGGGUAUUGGAUCCCCUGAAACUGGAGUUGUGGAUGGUUGUUGGCUGACAUGUAAAUGCAGGGAACUGACCCUGCAUCCUCGGGAAGAACACCAGUGCUUGUGAUGCUGCACUAUCACUCCAGGGCCCCCCCCCUCGUUUUCUCUCUCUCUCUCUCUCUCUCUCUCUCUCUCUCUCUCUCUCUUGUUUAUUUACAUCACAACAUUUUAAGCACUCUGCUUUGUGCCAUAAAAAUAUUUAGUUGGUAUGAAUAUAAAGGCAUUUAAUAUAGUAGUUAGCAUUUCUGUAACACGAAUGAGUAAAAGGCUUGUAGAUUUCUUAGCAAAUGAUAAUUUUAUGAGUUUUGUAAUUAAGUAGUGAUAUCUUUAGUUUCUAUUGGAAAUGAUCACUUUUAUUAGGAUUUUAAAUAACCAAUAGUGUUCAAUUUGAAUGCUUCAGAAUCACAUCGUGGGUUUUUCUUUCUUUGAAACUUAGUGAUGAAAUAAUUUAUUCAUAAAAUUUUAAAAGAAAACUCUGGGUUGGAAGUUCAGAGACCGGAAAGCACAGAGGGCAGUAGAAUCGUGCCCUAAGUGUCCUGGGUGCUCAGGAUGGCAUAGCAAUAUGCUGAGCAUCCCUGUGUAAACGUGUAUCCUCCAGGUAGCUGACGUAACAGUUCCACUCCUGACCUCGUGUCUUACAGGUUGCACUUAAAGGCAGCAGCAAGGAAACCCAAAGCAUUGUAUCUGUUUAACCAUCAGCCCACGUCCAUAAAAACAUACAUGGUUCAAGUUCCGUCUCACAAAUACUUUGUGUGUGUGCAUGCACAAAUAUUUGAAAAUCUUAUCUGAAAUGGAAAACAUUCCUGGUUACAAGUGUUUGGGAUAAGGGGUAUCCAUCCUGUACUGUAAAUAUUUGCUCUUGUGAAUGCUAGUCUCAAGAUGGUAAUACAUUUUUCUGGAGCAGUGAAGGGAUUUACAAGUAGUUCAGCCUCAGUAAAUAAAUUGUCUCUGAUAUAUUUCUGCCCUUGUGAUCCUCUAGCCCUAGACUUGAAGGCAGAGUGAGAUGAUUGAGUAGGUAAAGUCACUUAUCACCAAACCUGGCAACCUGAGUUUGAUCCCUGGAAUACGCGUGUUACAAAGUAAAGGCCACCCCAACUGUGUGUGCACACAUGCAAAUAAAAGUAAUUUUCAAAAAUUGGCAGAUUUUGAAGUUAAACAUCACCUAGAAGGCUCACUCAAACUUGGGAGUUUAAAGUCAACCUGAGCAUGAUAGUAAGACCCCUGUCUCAGUGCACAAAACAAAUCUAGAUGGGAGAAAUACUUUUUCCAUAAUCACAGGACUGAGCAGUGUUUUGGAUACUGUUACUGAAUAUAAGUAUAACAUUUUCAUUAGAUUGGUUAUGUUCUGUGUGUUUUUAUAAACAGGAUUUUUAGAGAGGUAAAAAUGUCCUUCCUUCAUAAACAAGCUCUGCUAAUCAUUGUUUUUGUGAUUAAAAACAUUUCUGCUGGCUGGGCAGUGGUAGUUCACACUUUUAAUCCCAACACUUGGGAGGCAGAGGCAGGUGCAACUCUUGAGUUCAAGGCCAGCCUGGUCUACAGAGUGAGUUCCAGGACAAAACUACACGGAGGAGAAACCCUGGAGCGUGCGGAGGGGAGGUCUACUGGACAUGGCAGUUCAUGAGUGGAAGAGGGGGAGGAGGGAGGCAGGAAGAUUGUCUUGAGAGUUAGACCCUCUGAAAACAAAAGUCCUAGGGGGUUUUUUCUAACCUGUCUUUUAAGUAUGCUAUAAUUUUUCUGGCCCUAAGAUGAUAAUCACUUGCAUAUUUUAAAUGAAAUUACAAAAGAAAACUAUUUUAUCCCAUCCUGUGCCUGUUUUUUUUUUUAAUUUGAAGAUUAUAAAAUAUUGGUUUAUUGUAGAAGAAAUAAAAGAAUAGCUGGUUAAAUUCUUUCCUGCAUGCUACCCAUUGCAACCAGGAUGUCGUGAAGAAAGAAAGAACACAGAGAGAAAGGGUUCUCAGGUCUGCUGUAGUCAGCACAAAGGGUUUGAUGAGGUCAGAGUGCUGUCAGGCACCAGGGCUGCUAGACAUUGAGGAUAAACUAAGGACGCUUGUUUUUUAUAACAGCUAAUACACAGUUUGAUAUCAUAUCCGCUUAAUUCAUCGUGACUUGAGAUUGUGGGCACAUGCCUGUAAUCCCAGUACUUAGGAGGCAGGAGCAAAAGCGUAAAGUCAGCUUAGUUACAUAGCAAGUUCCAGGUCAGACAAAAUAAAACCAAAAAACGUCACUUCCCAGGGAAGUGACCUACAGACAUACACCCCAGCGUGCACACAUACAGUAAAUUAUUGGGUAAACCACAAAAAAAGUUGAACUUUUGAGUGGGAAUUAAUUGGUAACACUGUCUGGGAUGUAAAAAUUAUUAUGUAAAUAUACCAUAUAAAAACAAUAUAUAUGUAGAACAUUGAUAUAAAAAUAUUCUAAGUGAAAUGUUUUUUAGGGUAAUAUAGUUCAUUUACAUGCCCUCCCCAACGCUCAGUGUAGAACCUCAAGCCUUGUACAUGGUGAGUGCUCCAUCGCUUAGCUAUGUCUCUGGCUUACUUGGGUUUGUUGUUGUUUUUUUUAAAUUGCAUUACUGCACAUUUGAUUGAUGUGAGAAUGAUUUUGAUUUGUUAAUGUUGCUCUAUUACUUUUGUAUGUCCCUAAAUAAAUAAAUUUAUCUUUCCAUUUUCCAAAUCGGUAGCUGAGGGAGAUUGGGAGGGGAGGAACUUACUGGGGAGGAGGCCAUCUUCCCUGGCACGGGACCCACCCCUCAGCCUGGGUUCCGCUCCUACCCCCGUGCAUUCCCGAGUGUGAACAAAGGUCAGGAGUGGUUGCUGUGUAUUAUCCAGCACUGAUGUGCAAAGCCGUGGAUAAGCACAGGGGGCUCUGACCUUUCAGUCAGUAGGCUCUCCUUUCUAACCUAUUCCCGGCUAUUUCCAGUGUGUUAAGACAUUAGGUCUGAAAAUCAUCCCACAUUGGAUACAUUCGUUUUAUUUUUGAGAUUAGAGCUUAAGGAUUUUCAAAAAUAAGAUGUUGGUUCCAUAACUCCAGUGUCUCUCCCUCUGAAGUGUUAGCUAUCAUUGUGUGUACCCUCCAUGGUACAUGGAAGUCUGAAUACUUGGAGAGUCAUUUCUUUCCUCCUGCCUUUCUGCGGUUUCUAGAAUUAACCUCAGGUUACCAGGCUUGCAAGACAAGUUCCUUUGCCUACUGAGCCAUCUUGCCAGUCCUUCAUACAUUUUAAUAUAAAUUAUACCCAGUAUUAAUUAUAUCUUUUGUCCAGAAUUGUUAUGAGCACUCACAUGUAAAAUGCUUUGACAUUUUACACACGAAACAUUGAUCUUUGGAACAUGAAUCUCUGUGGUAUAGAAAUUAUGACAUCAUUGCCAGAAAGAUGACAUGUUAAAGUUCUUGCCACCAACCCUCGGACCAACUCUUACUGCUGAUAACACACAUGCAUGUGCAUAGAUUAUUUCAAAAAAAGAAAUGAGCAAAUGAAGCGCAUCACUUUCUAUGUAAAAUAUAUUAAACUUCAUUUUUUCAUUAA